CGCCCAAUGUCCCGCCAGCAAGAACGACGCGCGGCAACAGGAUUCUUCUGCGAGCAAGCCUUUACUGUGUUACAGCUCUUCUUAGUGUUACAGCUCUCUUAGUGUUACAGCUCUCUUGAACAGGGACUCCGAGCAGCAAAAUCGCUCGGCUUAUAUAGACAACAGUAUGCUAAUUAUCUCUCAGGGAUUGGUGGGGCUUGGAUCACCCCACUACUUGUCCUCCAGGGAUUGGCGGAGAAUGAAUCACCUCAUUAGCAUAUUAACGGUCAACUAACACCUGGUGAAUAAACUGCACAUGUGCAGUACCGCUGUUCACCACUAGAGGGAGCCCUAGCAAGGGGACAAGCCUGCACAUGCGCAGUAAGUCGUUUAUAUCCAGACAAGGCUGGAUGUCGGCGCCAUCUUUGUUUCGCCGCGCCGCUCUCUACAUCUCCCCCUUUUUUGUUUAAUAAAAUGACUGGUCUAGAUCUGGGUGUCACGUCAAUCUUGUCAUUGCUCCUGUCUUAGGUCGUUCUCAUCCAAACUCGGCCUUACCCGUCAUAGAGUUACCCUAUCGCCACCGGGCCCCGUGUCUUAGGUUGGUCCGAGUUCGAGGAAAGUUGCCCGUCCCUGGAUACAAUGACUCCACAUGACUGUGACAAAAAUGAUCUAGGGCGAACUCUUGAUCUUUCAAAGAGGCCAGCCAUAUGUUGGGAGAAGCACCCUUUUUAAUGGUGGUCAUAGCCUGGUAAACAACCACUUUGUGUCUGGCAUGUUCUCUUUUUUAAACAGCCAAUAAGCCAGAGACCUACUCCGCAACCCAGGAGGACAAUAGCUCCCCGGGACAAACAUGCCCGCCCACUCCUUGAAAAGGGAGAAAGCAUUGGUAAUCCAUGAGGUAAAGUCUUCAACUGUGAUGGGGUCCAGCCUAGUGCUGUUGAGGACAGCAAUCUGCAUCAGCAAUUGUCUUGAUAGUUGCUCUGCUUUCAUGGACCAGUUUCCUUUCAGAUAAUUCGAGAUUUCUUUGCUCUGUUGAAAAUUCUGAGAAAAGUUAGCUCACAAAGGAAUAAUGCAUAAACCUCUAAGGGAGGAAACACAAGACAGCUGUGUCAUAUGAUACAGUGCUUCAAUUUGUUCUUGAACUAAAUCUAUCCUUUGAUUGGCUAAUAGAAGGCCAGAUGCCAAAUGGGUAUUAAAUUCUUCUUGUAUCUCUAGCACCACUGCAGUUCUUUCUACAAUCUGAUUGACAGUCUCAGCCGUCUGUAUUUGAUUGGUCAUAGCGAUUUCAGCUGUGGUAGCUGCGGCAGCAGACAGCACAAUGGCUGAAAUUAUGGCUGCCGUAAUUCCAAAAUCUCUUUUGGCUCUCAGCAAAUUAAGAAUAGGAAAGCUAUCUGGGUUUGCCUCCACUGGGAUUGGCACAAAGGAGGGAAUCUUAACUAUCACUGCGGUGUCAUUAGUGCCAUCCCAGCAUUCAGCUAAAUAGCAGACUACAUCAGAGCUAUUACAAUUUAAAGCACCACUGCUUACAUUAGUGCUUAUCAGAAAAAAUGUGAUCUAGCACAUACUGAAGUACUAGUGGCAGUAUUAUUUACCAAGAGGUUAUUAUAUUGAAUAUUGAUCAACCUGGUAUCAACUUUUUCUGGUAGCUGAAACAUUAUACAGCACGAAGUUCUCUCCCAUCAACCUAGCAAAGGGGGUCAGGGAUGUACAUGCCCCUUGCUCAUUGGACAGCACCCAUUGAAACCAAGACCAGAGAUUAUGCUUGUCAGUCUUAUUCUCAAAACAGUAGAAUUGCUAUGAACUGGCAUGGGUACUGGCCAGGAUCUGGCAAUAGCCCACAGGGUGAGCGAAUUAACCUGUAUUACCAUUCCCAGUAGUAAUAGUAGGGUUCGUAGUCUCAUCUUCAGGAAGAGCAGAAGGCAAUUUUCGAGUCAAACACUCAGGUACCCAAAUUGGAUUUUCUUGAUUCUGCGGAAAAACACAAAUCGCUCCCCUAGAUCUCGAAAUCACGGGAUCUUGGCCACGCCAUUCAUCAGUUAAGACAUCCUUCCACUUUACUUCUACAUUAGUUAUAGGUGUAGUAGCAGCAUGGCGAUCCAUGGCAGAACGGCCAUGCGCAUCCAGAAUUAAGAAAUUUAGAGUAAAAAGAGCUAAAGAAAGUUGUUCUUUUGGUGUUCAGCUGCUGGCAAUUCCCCCUUUUUGUUUUUGUAUAAGCUCUUUUAAGGUACGAUGUACUCUUUCCACAAUUCCUUGACCUUGGGGAUUGUAUGGCAAUCUUGUAGUAUGUUUGACCUGCAUUGUCUGGCAAAAUGCCUGAAAGGACUUUGCAGUGUAGGCAGGCCUGUUGUCUGUCUUGAGACUAUCAGGCUUUCCCCAGGCUGCCCAUGCCUCUAAGCAAUGGCUAAUGGCAUUACGAGCCUUUUCACCAGUCAUCAGAGUAGCGUGUAUAAUACCAGAACAGGUAUCAACAGAAACAUGAGCAUAUUUUAAAUUUCCAAAUUGAGAUAUGUGUGUGACAUCCAUCUGCCAAAGUUUUAGCUGGAUCAGACCACGAGGGUUAAUACCACAUGAGGAGGGUGGUGAAAUUGAACACAAUUUUGGCAACGUAACACCACAUCACAAGCUGCAGCUCUAGAGAUUUUUAAAUUUUUGUUGAAGAGUAAAAGCAGGUACAUGAAACUUUUGAUGAAAUCCUCUAGCGAGAUCAACCGGAGUGGCAUGAAAAAUAAACUCUCUACGAGUACUAGCAUCCACCAGGGUGUUAUUACUGGUCAUGGGACCAGGCAAAUUAGUAUGGGCUCGAAUAUGUUGUAUAAAAAUUUUAUUUUUUCUGGCCCAAAUCAAAUUUUGUAAUUCUAAAAGAAUUUGACAUACAGUACUAGUCGACCGAAUUGGCCCUGCAAUUUCAAGUGAGCGCACCGCAUUAACUACAUAAGCAGAGUCAGAAAUUAAAAAAAUCAUGAAAUCUUUUGAAAACUUCCAAUACAAUUUUACGUUCUGUAAUUUGGGGGGUGCCUGGACUAUAUUGAAUUAAUACUGGUUCUUGAGAAUCAACCAUAUAGGCACCUACACCUGUUUUGGAGCCAUCUGUAUAAAUAUUUAACGCUCCAGACAAAGGCUCUGAGGCAGUGACCUUUGGAAAAAUCACUGGAUGUUCAGUAAAAAAUUGUAGCAAAGGCAUCCCAAUUUAGACCUGUUUCCCUAGAUUGGCUCAUGCCACAUGUUAUCUAGAAUGACUCCAUCCAAAUUUUCCAGUUUUAUGUCAACUUUCUGUUACCAAUGUUACAUUUUUUUAACCAUAUCCAAUAACUUAAAAGCCAAUAGUCCAUAACCAAGGCAUGUAGAGAAUAUUUAUACAUUUAAAACCAAUCAGAAAACAAAAUUGAAGUGGCUACACAUACCUUUAAUAUUUAAAUCAAUCACUAUUUUUACUUUUUCUAGCUGUAGUUUUAAGAGAAACACCUUGUCACCUGUUGAGUCCAAUAAUCACAGUCAAAGAUUUUUCUAAGAGAGACAGCGAUCAGUUCCGUUACCUUAGAAGCUGUGAAGCUCCUUGUGUCUUUAGGAUCGGCUAGUGUAAACAUUUAGCCAGCCCCCUGGGGAGCUUGCCCAGCCGACUUAGGCUUCUAGCUACAGAUGCAGGCUCCAAAAGCCAAUUGAAACUUUUUAUUUAUUUGUUCCUUUCUUGAAAGGAGUUAAAGCUACAUCAAUGGGUGAAUCAACCAGCAUUUAAAAUUUUAACCUUUUCUUUUAAACAUGAAACACAAAACAUUCAAGCAAGGAGAAGCAAAACCCAGACAUAAAUUGACAUACAUGGACAGCUUGGUGCACCAAGGACAGACAAUAGACACAGAGGAAAAGAACUAGAUGGUGUUCCACCAAAAGGACCCAAACAUCCUACCUAAAGAACCCAGAACCAGAAAUAAGCACUUCUCCAAUAGGAGCCAGCAAGGAGGCAAGACGUCUCCCACCUCCUUCUGUUCCCAGGAGAGCUCCAAAAAGUUUAAGCUCAUUUCCUUCUUUUGCCAAAGCAUCUGUGGAGAGUUCGGGAGGAAUGUUUUUCUCAACCCCAUUCUCUCUCUUGUCCAGGGUGUAAACUGUCUCUAGUCAGGGUCCAAAGACUAGAAGCAUCUAUGAGAAUCAACUUUGCUUCUCUAGAUUUUAACAUAACUCUAAAAGAACACAUACACAAAAACAUUUUACCAUUAUUACCUUGUCCACUACCACUACCCCAAAUCUUUAUCUUUGCACAUGCUUUCAGUUUCUGUGAUCCUUCUGAAUUCUGCUUACUGGGGCCUUUAAAAUCUGUAUCCACCACCUGAGUUCCCAUUCGAGGGGUCAAUAUGAGUCUGGUGGUCGAACUGAGGUCGAGUCCUGCGCUUCCCUUGUUGCUCUGCGGGAGGCCCGGGACCCGAUGGUUCUACCUUUAGUUUCACUUUCUCUAAGCUGUCAGUGAUGCUUUCUAGAUUGUCUGACAUUUCUAAGGUCAAGGCUUUUAAAGAAUAUAUCUUAUUUGUUUCCUGGUCCUGAUUAUCCUCUUUUUUUAUCUCUGCCUUCUCUCUGUUCCUUUUAUCUCCUUUUCUUUUCUUUUUUUCUUUGGAGACCUUUUCUCCCUCUGACAUACUUUGUUGCUCUGCAAGGACCCUCUGAUCUGUCCUAACGGCUCUAACGGCUUCCUCACAUUGUUUAUCCUCUAAGCAGGCAGGGACCAUUUGCCAAAGAGGUUUUGGUCCGGGCUUAAGCUUGCCGUCUGUGGCUUCUCUAUCCCACACAAAGAAAAAAAGAAACAAAAUUACCAGCCUUGCCCACAAAGGAUCCAUAACUUUAGGUUUCUUCACAGUGGCUCUCCACCUAGGCCCAUAUCUUUCUUCCUCAUAUAUGGCUGCCUCUUCCUCUAAUUCCUCCUCCUCGGACUCUGACAACUCUUGCUCAGAGUCACUGCCAGCCAGUUCUAAGGCUUCUAAUUCUUUUAAUGGAUACAAAGUAUCCUCUCCGGAUGACUUGUACUUCGUCCUCCGGGGCACUCUUAUUUUUUCCUCCAGCGGCAUUUCUUCUGCCUUUUGUAUCUCUUUCACUUUUGUUUUAGUAACCUUUUUCUUUUUGCGAGCUCCUAAUUUGAGCUCCUAAUUUCUCACUCUGCUCCGUUUCUGCCUCUGCUCCGUUUCUGACAUGCUCUCUUAAAUCCAAAAAGGGGCAUGCCUCUCGAAGCCUAAUUUCUCACUCUGCUCCGUUUCUGACAUGCUCUCUUCCAAAAAGGGGCAUGCCUCUCGAAGCUUACCUUUUAAUUUACCUUCUCGCAGUUCUGAAUCCUCUUCAGCACACUGAAGGGUCCCCUGGCACCAGCGAUGUUGGUUCCCGGGUCUCGGCACCACUUGGCGCGCGCCCAAUGUCCCGCCAGCAAGAACGACGCGCGGCAACAGGAUUCUUCUGCGAGCAAGCCUUUACUGUGUUACAGCUCUUCUUAGUGUUACAGCUCUCUUAGUGUUACAGCUCUCUUGAACAGGGACUCCGAGCAGCAAAAUCGCUCGGCUUAUAUAGACAACAGUAUGCUAAUUAUCUCUCAGGGAUUGGUGGGGCUUGGAUCACCCCACUACUUGUCCUCCAGGGAUUGGCGGAGAAUGAAUCACCUCAUUAGCAUAUUAACGGUCAACUAACACCUGGUGAAUAAACUGCACAUGUGCAGUACCGCUGUUCACCACUAGAGGGAGCCCUAGCAAGGGGACAAGCCUGCACAUGCGCAGAAGGAAGAAAAAACUGGAACCAUCACUCCAUCGAAACAGCAUUCAUCAGUCCAUUUUUUCCCAAAGGUAAUGGACUCGAGCUCCACACUCCACCUACUGUCAGGCUCAUUUUCCCAUGAGGCGUCGGCCAACUUCCACCAGAUCCCCAGUGCUCAAGACAGCUUAUCGCCCGGAGGACUGCUGACUUCUAAAUCCAAUGUCCCAAGCUGCUCCCGCAAAGACAGCAUCCCGGGGAAACAGAGUACACACCAAGCAGCUUCUCCUGGCACAAGCCUCAUGACUCUAAAGAAGCAGCCGAAACCGAGCUCCGACUUGGAUACCUACGUUCUGGGGGAUGGUGAGGAUUAUUUCCUUUCCUUGUUUGGAGACUCGAAGAAGCUCACAUCGCAUACAUCCCAAGCGGAGGACGUGAGCAAACACCUUUCUGUGAUUCUUGAGGAAGUCGGCCAGUUUGUAUCAAGUUCUCUUGGAGACAUUAAAAUAGCUGAGGUAAAUGUCAAGGGUUUCUUUGUGAGGCUUGUUAACUCCUCCAAUGAAAAGGAAGUAGAGAUUGGAAACUACAUCCUCCAGCAAAACGUGAACGGACAGGCAGUCUCCUUGUACCGAUUCCCUCACAACAUCACAAUGCAGGCCAGUGGCACGGUGACCGUGUGGGCAGCAGCUUCAGAGGCAAAGCCACAGCAGCCAACGGACUUCGUUUGGGAGGAACAGAGCAGGUUCCGAUCCAGUCCGGACUGCACGACCAUCUUGUGCAAGCCCAGCGGUGAGGCCAUCGCCUGGUACACCCCCAUCCACUGGAAGCAAGCCUGGGAGAAGCUGGAGACUGACAUUGAGUUUGAAAGAUGCUCAGUGGUGAUCCCAUCGCUGAAAAGCCACAUAUUUGGACGGACAACAUCAUCUGUGUCUUCCAUAAAUAAGGAAAAACAAGAACCCACACAGAAAACGCCCCCCCAAGUCUGCUCUGUUCUCUUGAGAGAAAAGGAAAUCCUGCUAACUGUUUUACCCAAUAAGAGUCCUUGGUGCCGCAGCCCCGACACCCCUCCACAUCCCUACAGCUCUCUGAUUGAAUGGCAUGACUCAGACUUUCCUGGAAGCAGUUUGGGUACACAGCCCAAGCCUCAGUCAACCAAGCCCAAACCAGACCCAGGGACCAAGGAAAAGAAAUCAACUCGAUAAGAAAAUGGAAAACCAUGGAAUCUGUGAACCCCCCAGAGCAACGCAUCAGCUUCCACUGCUCUUCAGUCUCCGCCUCGCUGUCUGUUCGCCACAAUGUUGCCUUCGGCUGCCUGUGCUGGUCCUGUCUGCCCAGCUUCUCCCUUACUGCAUCAUGGUUUACUGUGUGGGAAGCGUGAAGGAGUCUGCGUGCUGGGCUCUGCUCUGAGCUGGUGAAAGACAUUAGCAUAAUGCCAGGGAGUGUCGACAAUUUCUCAUCCGCAGAGGCAAUCAGAGCCCAGGCAGUCUCCUGACCAGAUAUUACAGAGGCCUCAGCCUAUCCCAGGAGGGAAAACAAAGCUUGCUCCUGUCUAUUGCAUUUAAAUGAGUUAGCUGUUCCUAUAGGCCGCCCUUUCCCAAGAUGAACCACCAUCAUUUUCCUGUGGACUAUGUCUGUCUGCUCUCUAUUCAGAGGCAGUCAGUUGUUUGUCCCUCUGGGGCAAAUAUCCCCGCCCCACAUCCCUUGCCCCCUUCUCCCUAGUCUCCUGUUUCUGUCUCUUACCCCCUGCCCCUUGUCUUGUGUGCCUUCGGGAUACACCUCAGACAUUUUAAGGAAAAGCUCAUGUGGUGCCAACGUGAAGGGAACGAGAGAUCAGGACUUUGAGAAACCAUUGAGUAAACUGGUGACCUGUCCGAGAAGCACUCUGAUGUUCAUGUUCAAAGCCCAGCAUAAGUGAUAAGCUUGUGUAAAAUGGCUACCGCCUUAUGAACUGAGGAGGUCUUCAUAGCGCCACAUCUUCAUUAAAGCUGUUCCCUAAACGUGCACGUGCUGCACACGUGAAUCAGUGGAGAACACGGCUGAUUAAAGGCUGGCUAAAGCGGAAACUGUACAAA